GUGGUCUUAGUCGGUGCGGGUCUGUCCAUCCUGGAAGAAAUUAGUUCCUUUUUUUUUUUUCAGUGCGGAUACUCUGAUUAUCUCGAACGAACCUGCAGAGAUUCUAGAACUACAGGAAGUAUCUGAUCGGUGUAGUGCUAAGUGCAAAUUGGAUUACAAACAUGAAGUUUCUUCUAAUAUUAUGUUUACUGGUUACGAGCUUGCUGUUGUGCGCCACAGCGAAAGCUGAAACCGAGGAAGCUGAAGAGAAACCGGAAAUCACGAAGUUGGAAUUGGUAGAUCUCGGCGAGGGGGAGAGCGAUGUCGACGACAAGGAUUCGGAAGUUCAGAAAAAGAGAGAUUCGGGAUAUUCUUACAGGAGGCCAAACAAUUUCGCGUUAGCUUCGAGAGCUCGUUUGCAAGUUGGACAACCCGGCCACAGAGGGCGUAUCGUUAAUAGACAUCCGGCACAAAUAAAUCGACCAAUUACCAAAUACGGGCCACCGGGUUAUCAGAAUUCAUCUCCAAUGAGACCUGUAUCGCACAAUCAACAGCACCGAGAUAAAUUGCAAUUCAACGGUCAUUUCAACCAACAACAUUCGAACAACUUCGAUGGCCGUCCGAGUGGUUUGCUCGAACAAGAAAUCCCGAGUCCAAUUAGACAGGUAGAUUUCAUCGAACCGAAUCCAAUAUCCACUCAAAACGAUGAACCGUUUGCAACUCAUUCGGCCAAUUACUUGCCACCGCAAAAUCAAAGGUUACCCGGUUAUUUCGCGCCGCAAACUUUUUCCCCGGCUCAUGCAGCACAGAAGCCGGAAGAUGACAAUCAAGGUCAACCGGCCAAGUUCCAAAGCCAGAACAUCGCGCUGCCGCAGGGGCAAUUGUCGGACGCGGCGCUUUUCCUCGCGGAAAACGCGCAGGCCAUACAACAACUUUAUGGUGCUCCACCGAAUGAGCAGGACUUCGCGCCACAUGCCGAUCAAUUCUUGGAUCAGAACAACCGAGUACAAAAUCCGAGCAGCCGGUUCCAAAAUUUCGAGGCCAGCUCACAGAGCCCGCAAAGUUUUCCAGGACCUCUGCCGUCGUACGCGUCCGGAACGCUUAGCGCUCGAGAGACUCUAGAGCAAAUACAGUCCCUGGAGAAGGAUCGACUGAUCGCUCAAUUGCAGCGGGCACUCGUUACGCAGGCGCAAAGUGCAGACGCAGCAGGAAGGUACGCACAAAAUCAGCAGAGCUUCGUACAGAGUCAAGAUCUUCUGGCUUCCCUCGGACAGCGAAUGAAGAUUCACGGUUUAAAUACGCAACAGAAUACCGUACUCUUGGGCACUGGGAAUACAGCUUUCAAUCAAUCACCUUUUUUGCCAGGGACAACAAUCAGUCCGGGAUUUCCGCUUAACUACGGACUGUCGACAACCAUUCAGCCUCCAACUACUGCUACUACAACUACGACCACCACAACCGCGCAACCCCCUCAGGCUGUUAAAGGCGAUGGAACCUCGCAGCAUGGUUCUUCCGUUCCUGCGCCACCGCAAUCGUCACACGGGCCAGGAGUUCCCGUUUACGGUGGAUUCGUUCCCACUUUAAUUGCCGGCACGACUUUCACAUCGAACGUACCAACCUACGGUCCCGCUUUUUUUGCGCCCGGCGCUGUCGCAUCCGUUCAACCGAGUCCCUUCCCCACACACUUUGGACUGCCCAUUCCUGCCGAUCACGGUCAGAAGCCUUCCGAAACAAAACCAUCCACGACACCGUCAAUUCCCUCGACAAAUCGACCCGCUGUUCCCUCGCCUCCGCCAGUCAAUACCGUGCCAUUUCCUGUGCAUCCUAUUGCAACUCCGCUUCAUCCAGUAGUGGCGCCUGUUCAGCCAGUGACUCCUUUGCAACCAGUGCUCCCUCCAACGCACGUGCAUCCCGUACAAACCCCAUCAACGGCACAUCCAACCUACGGGUUGCAAACAGCGAUAAUCAAUCCGCUUUUAUACAAGCCGAUCAAACCGGUCUAUCCAUUCUACUAUUACCCGAAUGUCGCGUAUCAGGUACCUAAGCCAACUUAUCCGUGGAGCUACGCGCCAACCUAUGCUCAAGCGAAACCGACCCAAAUAUGGAAAUGACAUUGAUCCCGUUCUUUCACGGGUUGAUCGUUGCUUACUUUCUCGUAUCGAGAUUGACCGUUUGCCCACGCGGAAGAGAGAGCCCGAAUUGGUUGAAGAUUGAAAACAAAGCGGCUCGUGUAUGUAAAUUUUUAGAUCGAUCUUUAAAUCUCUCAAAGAAGUAGAGUGUGGAGUGCUGGAAGGUUUCAGAAAUGUCAUUUUAUCGACGUUUUAUUUUGUUCUUCGUGAUUUAUGAAUCUUUAUGGUAUAUUAUUGGUGAAAGGUAUUUGCAGUGUUUUUUACGUAUAUAAAGAUAGUCGGUGUUUCACUUUUUCGUACAAAUAUGGAAUAAACGGGCAAGUAUUCGUGUUUUUAUACCUUGUUUAUACUUACAGGUUAAUGUGAUUUCAUUGUGCUUCUAUUCGCGACGUCGACAUGCCAUUAACACGUCAUAUCAGUUUUCGAUAUGUUUGCCUAUUUUGUUAACUGCGUGCGAUUUUUCAAUCGAAUGUUGUAUUAUACACCAGUUUUAUUUAUUACGUUCAAUAAAUAUUUUUUU